CCAUAUUACGCUCGAUCGUGCACACUACGUAAUGGUACAAGAAUAACGUGUCGCGUCAUCUACGGCUAACGUGGUUGAUCAACAAGGAAGCGAGGGAGAACUGCUACAUUUCAAGAUCGGUAAGGCAGAGACACCCUUGAAUUCUUCUUUUAAAGGAUCGCCCCAUGACUUGGAAAGGGUUCACGAGAAGGGGGGAAUCAUUGUUUGGGGGAAAAGAUUAGCUUGGCAGAAUUUGAUGAUAGCAAGGCAUCAUGGGAGACAGCGGAAAGCCAUUUGCCUGCACAGAAAUUGGCUGUAACCAGCGUUUUGUGAAUGAGGAUCACCUGGAGGUGCACAGGAGGAAACAUGAGAUGUCACUGGGACUCCGAGACCUAAAAUCAUUGGACACCCCUGUUAUUGCGGACCAGACGCCCACCCCGACACGAUUUCUGAAGAACUGCGAAGAUGGGGGCCUCUUCAGUGAACCUCCAAAUCCAUUUGAUGCUCUGUUCCGCAAAGCCAGCGCCUUCAGAGCUACUGAUGCCACAGACAUGUCCUCCUCCAAGGUAGGGGAGACGACCUUGGACAUUGGCGAGUCGGUUGUGGAGAUCAACAGGGACUCCGAGCACACCGCUGAGGAGUCCUCUCAGCAGGCCGUCUCCUCUACAACGGGUGACGAGGCGGCCCAGCUGGGGCAGGCAGUGAUCCUCGGGGAGAUGCCCCCAGGGGAAGAGGAUGUAGCGGGCCUACCAGGGCAGGUGGUGGAAGUGUCCACCGUCUCCCAGACCUCCCAGGAAGUACUGCCAUCCCUGCAGCCGGCCCCACCUACGGUGAUCCAGUCCCUGGCACCAGCAGUACAGAGCAGUGCCCCGAUACAGCAGCAGACAGUUCAGCUCAACCGGAGCACCAUCCCCAUCUCGGGCCCCAUCCUCUUGCGCCUGCCAGGGGGCCAGACCAUUCCCGUUGUCCCACCCUCGGUGGCCAACCCCCAGGCACCCAUCCCUGUGGCCAUCUCGGCGGUGCCCCAGGUGUCGGUGGUGGUCAGCCAGGUGUCGGAGACUUUGCCACUGGAUUCUAAGUCGGUGAAGCAGAAACUGAAGAACAGUCUACUGACAAACCAGUCGCAAGGCAACAUGGGAGUCAUGGCUCAAGCAGUGGAUGUGGUCACCAGGCAGCAAGGCAUGGUAAACGAAGUGUCGAUUGAGACAUCUGGGGACCAAGGCUCGUCUGAGGGUCAAAUCAAGAGGCGACGGCGAAACUCAGAUAUGAGCGCUGACGAGAAGAGGGAGAGGUUCCUGGAGCGCAACCGGGCGGCGGCGACACGGUGCCGCAACAAGCGCAAGCAGUGGAUCAACAACUUGGAGCAAAAGGCCGAGGAAUACAAGAGCACUAACAACGUGCUGCUGUCUGAAGUUGCCAAGCUGAGAGAGGAGGUAGCCCAGUUGAAGCAGCUCCUUUUGGCCCACAACGACUGUCCAGUCACCGUCAUGCAGCGCCAGAACGGUGGUAACAUUUUCACAGCAGCUGUGGACUUGCAGAAGAAGGACCCCUCAGCGGGCAGAGAUGGAAGUCAAUCACCGAGGGGGGAAUCUAUUGUCCUGGAGGAGGCCAAGACCCUCCCAAGGUGACCUGGCCAUGCCCCCACCCAACGGAGAAUGCAUGCAGUGAUUUGUGAAAACCGAGUCGCGAUUGGCUGAGUUUUCAGGUGGAACCUUUUGUUUGUGAUUGCAGUUUGCAUAUUUUACAAGCUGACUUCAGGUUGAUAGAUCUUUAUCCAAGUCGAGUCAUCAACUUUGAAGUCAGGGUUGGCUUUCCUUUUGUUGUCGUAAAACAACCUGUAAAAUUGCAGAUGGCAACCACCCAGAAAGGAUUUAUGAGCUGAUCUUAGACUUGCCUUAACACAUUGUACAGUAUUUAAAGAAAUCAAAUUCUAUGAAGUAAGUUGACACUUCUGCUUGUGGUUGUCUCCAACUCCAAACUUUAUUUUGUAAUAUUGUACAAAGCAAGGAGUAAUUGUGAGUAAAGUACAGUUGACUGUAAUUGUUGAGAGACGUCCUUACUGAUCUGCUGCUCACAACACUGCACGAGGGGGAAUUUAGAAAGUUUAAAGCCUCUUCACUGGAGGUUGGAAAUAGCUUAAUGCACGGUCCUGCACUUUUUGAAUAGAUGAAGGAUUGAGGAAAACAGGUUGCUUGAGGUUGGAUGAAAGGUCAGAUGGUUUGCUGGGGAAUCUCCUAAUUAUGCGUUUUAUCAUCAACAAGUGUGUAUUGUUACCAAAGUGAAAACAGAAUAUAACCAAUAUGGGUAGCCAAAGUAGAAUAGUGUGUAAAAUAAAUGAAUGGUACUUUAAACUCUUACUGUAUAAAUUGAUGUUCAAUGAUACUUUAUUAUUCCAUUUUCUUUUGUAUCCUUCAUUGCCAAUUGUGGUGGUAUUUGAAGCAAGACUAAUCUCCAGUCUUUCUACUAAGUGGGUGGAGUUUAUAGCAAGGAAUGUGACUUUUACUUUAUUGGGGAAACACUUACGUGCUUGUUCAAAGUUUCAGCUGUGAGGAUAUUGUACGUUUGUUGCAUUUUGAGUGUGUUACUUUUCUAGUAGAUGCAUUUUAUUUUCUAUGUAUAUUUUUUUCCUGUGUUAGGUCUUGUUUUAAACUGUACAUGUAUGCAACGUUAGUUUGACUGUUGUUUCACAACAUAUGAUUUUGUGCAUUCAGACAUUUUAUUUUGUUCUUAAUAGAAAUGCAUUUACAUGUAUUUCAUAUUUUUCAAUGCUUUUCUUGAGGUGCUCUUGAAAAUGAUAACCAAUUGUAGUUACGUUUUUUUCUUAUAUUUCAUUUUCAUUAGGUUUGAGAAUGUAGUAAUUAAAUGCUACUUGAAGUGUUUACAUUAUUUAUUUACAUUUUUGUUGCUAAAAUCCCGUAGGAGAAGUCUUCAGAUAUCUGUGUGAAACCAUGUAAAAUGUACAUUUUUUUCUUAAAACUGUUUUGGUUGUGAACAAAAGAGAAAUGUGAUUAGACAUUAAAUAGCUAUCCUUCAAAAAUACGAGUAA